AAUCGCUACGAACCUCCACCAGAGUUUCCUCUGACUUCGUUCUACUCAGGCAUAGUUCACCAUCUUUCGGGUCCCAGCGAGGGAGGAUCCCACCUGGGUCGCCCGAAGACGACCCUCGCUUUCACUGCGCCUUUGGGUUUCGUACCGCCCAAUGACUCGCGCGCAUGUUAG